AUGCCCAAGCCAUCGCAGCUGCUACUUCUCAAUCUGGAGAAGCAAAGACUGUAUUCCAAGGCUCUUCCAGAUGUCACUAUUCCUGACCAUGUCGAGACGCGUAAGGCCAAAGACUCGUCUAAGAAAGACCAUUUCAGCAGCUUGUACCCGGGUUCGAAGUUUUUCAGUGAUGCUCCACGAUUCAUGACCGUAGGUAAGUAUGGGGAUAAAGACCGACUUGAAUAUUGAGA